AUGACCAGAAGGGUUGCACAAAGACCCAAAUUGAGCAUUCGGGCUGCACCGCAAAGUGCCUCGACAAUGAGUAUGGAUGUUCCUGAUGCUGAUGCAAAAAUAUCAAAAAUUAGUGGUAGAAGGCCCAGUAUUGAUCCCAGCUCCAGUCCCAAUGAUACCUUGAUAUCAUCAUCACCUGAAGGAUUAGUAAAGGGAAAGAAACAGAAAUCAAGUGAUUGGGAAUGCAUAGAACCACCCCAUAUCCAUGCCAGUAAACCUCCCACCGUUCCACCAGCGAGUGACUUCGAUCUCCUGUUGCAGUUGGACAAUUGGAGUAGGCCAGGGUUAAGCGUCGCAGCUUUCAAGAAGUUAUUCGCUAGUUGUAUCUGUGGACUGGUAAUGACCCGAAGGGCCUUCAAGAUAUGGAGUCGCAAACCGAGCCCGAAUCUGGAUAAAUUCUAG